CCCCGGGCCCAGCCCAGACCCCAUCGCCCCUGCCUGGGCUGGAGGCAGGAACAGGACCCACUCACCCUGUGGAGGCAGUGCUAGAAGAGGGCUCCCUGGAGGAGGAGGCACCCCCCAUGCCUCAAGGCAAUGGCCCUGGGGCCCCCCAGGCCCUGGGCAGCACUGACCUCGACGUCCCCACAGAAGCUGUGACACGAGCUGAGGGCCUUGGACAAGUUACUGCACCUCUCUGGGACUCAGUUUCCUCGUCCGUAAGGGAGGACACAGCCCAGGAGCAAUACCCAGAGGAUCCAGCGAGCCAGCCUCAGGGGAACCCCUUGGGCUGCACCCCACUACUGGCGAAUGGCUCUGGCCACCCCUUGGAGCUGGGCGGCGCCAGGCGGGCGGGGAAUGGUGCCCUGGGUGGCCCCAAGGCCCACCGGAAGCUGCAGGCUCACCCAUCUCUCGCCAGCCAGGGCAGCAAGAAGAGCAAGGGCAGCACCAAAUCCGCUGCCUCCCAGAUCCCUCUCCAGGCACAGGAAGCACCUACCAUGUGUCCAGCACUGUUCUGGGGACAAAGAUGCCUGCCCCUGUGGAGCGCACAGCUUAGUGGGAGGAAAAGCUGUGUAGUGCGGUGGAAAGUGCCAAGUCCUACUGGGGCCAGGUGAAGGAGGCCAGG